AUCGCGGAUGAUGGCAAUUCCGAGUCUCUCUUGAAGGAGUCACCGAAGUGCUACGUCACACAUUUGGAACAAGAGGGCCGGUCUAUUGAGCGUUUCCGGAGGAGGUGGAUAAUCCCAAUCUCCUAAUUCGACCACAAAGGUAUUGCCUCCGACUCGGCAUAAGGCAACCAGCGACCGCUUCUCAGGAUCAAAUGCAAGUUAAUAUUUAAACGAUUGGAAAUCUGGAUUCUAGCCGAGAUGUUUUUUUUAAAUGUCCCUAGGUGUCUUCGUUGUGUAAAAUAAGGGGGUGGUGGACGUCAAUCCAAAUAAUGUGACAGCUGUCGUUGCGUACGUGACGUUUUUUUUUGCGGGGGAAGGAACUAGCAUUUGUUUUGCGUUUCGACUCAAUGGCGACCUUUUAUUUCGCCCUUACUUUGAUCGUGGCGACGUUUUGGAGGGCCGACGGCGAGCCCCGAAGUCUGUCUUUUUCUCCCGUCUCGCCGACGAACGCGACGUCGGCAGCCUCGGGAUCCGUCGGCAGCCUCCGACACGAUGGCGGCGGCGGCGGUCACAACAACGGCACCCACGCGGCCGUCGGUUCUCCAACCUCGUCCAUCAUGACGCACCUGCCCAAGCUGAAAGUCAUCGUCAUUCUCACCUGCGUGGUGACCGGCGCUCUCAUCACCUGCCUGCUCUUCAAAGUGGUCAGAUCUGGGAGAAGAAUCAGGAAAACCCGAAAGUAUGACAUCAUCACGACCCCCGCCGAGCGAGUCGAGAUGGCCCCCCUCAAUGACGAAAAUGACGACGAGGACGACUCCACUUUGUUUGACGUCAAUUACAGCGCUUCCUCAAGGGAAGCUCCGGCGUCCUGUUUGGCCACCCUUCCUGCACUUUGCGCCUCGAUUGAGAUCCCUUUUCUGCUUUCUUGCAGGUGAGUUCGCCACAGGCCUUGACGUUUCCAUCACCUGGUUUGCGCCCUCACGUCCGCGGGUCCGAUGCCACGCGUCAACGAGCACGGACGGCACCAUCAACACUAUUUGGACUCGACUCGCAUCCCAAAUCUGUCCGCUCAGCCGCGUCUUUAGUGCACAUCUGGGGAAGCCGCUACAUUUGUCGCGAUACGUGUGAACUACUUUGCUGCUAAUUUCGCCGUAGUUUACCGAUUGGAAGAAAACUCUUCUGUAGUUGGCUCGUUUUGAAUUUUUUUUUUUUUUCGUGGCAGCUUCCACAAUUGACAUCCUUUUUCAUCAACGGAUUUGGGGAAGAUUUUACGCAACGAUUCGAGCUGUAAAGUUUACUUUCAUAUGUUAUAUUGUGACCCUUUGAGCAGAAGUGCCCAAUUAAUUUUUAACUUCCUGUCACAACCUCAAUUUAAAAAAAAAAAAGAGCAGUGUGCUUUCAAAGAUUUUUGUUUUCUUCAUGUCUAUGUAGAUUUUUCAGUUAUUCCAUUCAUAGUAAUAAUGUGAUCUAGAAUCGAGGCAACUGAGUUAUUGUAUGUUUUUUUGGGGGGGGGGGGGGGGUCAAAGUUCCAAUACAAUUUAGGCCACAAUGCGACGA